UCUAAUAUCCUAAAAAUCGGGCGGCACGAAUCCAAAGCUUAGAUCAAACCCAAGUAAUGUUUAUUCGUGUUUCACAGCUUCACUGAUUGUUUAGCACACUUUAUCGAUAUCGAAACAGUUGUUGCAUAACAGCAGAAUGAGAACGCCUACAGAUCAAAAAUAUUCAGAAAACAAUGUGCUUCUGCUUCAAACUCUCCCUCACGAUACCCCUGGGCUGUUAAUCGAUGCUUUUUAUCAUGAGUAUGGAGAGUCAUUAAAACAGUCCCAAAUCUCCAUGCUAUCGUCCUUCAAUUUGGAGUGCAAAACUGAUGUCUCAGGCGUCUUUUUGGUACUCGAUCUAGGAGGUUCGACCUUGAAAAUUGCCACAGUCGAAUUAAAUGCCAAAAAUUCAAAAAUUUUGUUUCAAAAAUCCUGGGAGGUUGCCAACGACCAAAAGGUCAUGAAUGAACAGUUUUUUGACAUGAUUGCUCUGAAUCUCAAUGAUUUCGUUUCUGCUUUUAAGACCAUUGAUAAUACCAGCUAUCUUCAAUUGCUUAAUGGCAAUUGCAUCAAAACUGGUGUUAGCUGGUCGUUUCCUUUGAACCAAUCCUCUCCAAAUAAUGGAACUAUAAACUCUCUUGGUAAAGGCUAUCGAUCAACUGAUUAUACAGAAAAUCAAAACAUCAGUUCUUUAAUCGAACUAUCUUGCCAAAAACUCAAUUUGUCAAUCAAGAUCAUCUGCAUUUGCAAUGACUCAAUAAGCGUUCUUGUCUCUGCAAAAUAUUUCAAUCAAAACACCCAACUUGGUUUGGUUCUAGGAACUGGAAUCAACUGUUCUUUUGUAAUCCCAUCAGAGAAACUACCUCCAUUCAAAAUAAUUCUUGGGGAAUUGAAUGAAAAGUUCUCAAUAAUCAAUUCGGAAUUGUGUUUUUUUGGUGGCUCUCAACUUUCUUUUCAUGCACUGAUCUUCGACAAAUUAAUAACUGAUAACUGGCUUUCAGGCAACAAAAAGCCUCAUUUAAACAACGAAACUGAAAAUUUAUAUACACCUUUGGAAUUGAUGACAUCUGGGAGAUACGUUUGUGAACUAGUUAGGUUAAGUUUGAUAUACGAAAUAGAAAAUAAAAAUCUUUUUGAUGGAAACCUUCCCCCAAACCUUGUUGAUCAAAAAUUCCAUCUAUCAGGAGAUCUAGUAGUUUCAAUUUUUCACAAAAAUGAUUUUAGUGAUUUCAAUAAGAUUUAUCCUUUUGAAAAUCAAUAUCGAAUAGCUGACAGAGAUCGAAAAGUUGCAAGACAAUGCAUCAAAGCCAUUGUAAAUAGAGCAGUUGUUGUUUGUGGUUCUGCCUUGGUUGCUCUUUUGAUUUUUAUUAAUGACAUUGCUAAUGACAGACAUUUUAGCUGCAUUUCAAAAAAUACUAAUCAGAUAUCUAUCGGUUUUGUUGGGUCUUUUUUAAAAUAUUUCGACUAUUACAAGUCCAACUUACAAAAAUUUAUUAACCAAAAUUAUAGAAUGGCAAGUGUUUCAUUGACAUACAUUAAGGAUAGCAACCUUUAUGGGCCUGCUAUUGCAGCUGCUGCUAACUCAAAAGAUGCAGAAGCUUGGUAAAAAAAUUUCAUACACUCUAACAUGAUUGUUCUUCAUCAUCUAUAUUUCUUAAAAAAACCCGAUAUUCUAUGUAUUAACUUAAUUGAUUCUAUUGACAAUAUAAAAUAAAACACAGUUAAAUUAACAAAAAAAAGGAAAUCGCCAUUUUCCCGAUUUUCAAAUCAAUAGAAAAAACAU